AUGGCGGCGACGACUGUGGUGACGGUGCCGGCUGCGGCCGCGGCCCCCGCCCCCGCCCCGGCUCCUGCUCCGGCUCCGGCUCCGGCUCCGGCCCCGACCCCGACGCCGGCCCCAGCCCAGGCCCCGGCCCCGACGCCGGCCCCAGCCCAGGCCCCGGCCCCGGCCCCGGCCCCGGAGGAAGGCGCCUCUUCGGUACACUGGUUCCGCAAGGGGCUGCGGCUUCACGACAACCCCGCGCUGCAGGCGGCCCUGCGCGGGGCGCGCUGCGUGCGAUGCGUCUACAUUCUCGACCCGUGGUUCGCGGCCUCGUCCUCGGUGGGCAUCAACCGCUGGAGGUUCCUCCUCCAGUCCCUGGAGGACUUGGACAUCAGCUUAAGGAAACUAAACUCUCGCCUCUUCGUCGUCCGAGGACAACCGACUGAUGUGUUCCCAAGACUCUUCAAGGAAUGGGGUGUGACCCGCCUGACCUUUGAAUAUGACUCAGAGCCCUUUGGGAAAGAGCGGGAUGCAGCUAUUGUGAAGAUGGCCAAGGAGGCCGGCGUGGAGGUGGUAACGGAAAACUCGCACACCCUCUAUGACCUGGACAGGAUCAUUGAGCUGAACGGGCAGAAGCCACCCCUCACCUACAAGCGCUUUCAGGCCAUCAUCAGCCGCAUGGAGCUGCCUAGAAAGCCCGUGAGCUGCGUGACGAGCCAGCAGAUGGAGCGGUGCCAAGCCGAGAUUCAGGAGAACCACGAUGACACCUAUGGUGUGCCUUCCCUGGAGGAGCUCGGGUUCCCCACCGAUGGACUUGGCCCAGCUGUUUGGCAAGGAGGAGAGAUGGAAGCUCUGGCCCGACUGGACAAGCACUUGGAAAGGAAGGCCUGGGUCGCCAACUACGAGAGACCAAGGAUGAACGCCACCUCCCUGAUGGCCAGCCCCACGGGCCUCAGCCCCUAUCUGCGCUUUGGCUGCCUAUCCUGCCGCCUCUUCUACUACCGUCUCUGGGAACUGUAUAAGAAGGUCAAGAGGAAUAACACCCCUCCGCUGUCUCUGUAUGGGCAACUCCUUUGGCGAGAAUUUUUCUACACCGCAGCGACAAACAACCCCAAGUUUGACCGAAUGGAGGGGAACCCCAUCUGCAUCCAGAUCCCCUGGGACCGCAACCCGGAAGCCCUGGCCAAGUGGGCAGAGGGCAAGACCGGCUUCCCUUGGAUCGACGCCGUCAUGGCCCAGCUGCGGCAGGAGGGCUGGAUCCACCACCUGGCCAGGCACGCCGUGGCCUGCUUCCUGACCCGCGGAGACCUCUGGCUCAGCUGGGAGAGCGGGGUGCGGGUGUUUGAUGAGCUGCUCCUUGAUGCUGAUUUCAGCGUGAAUGCGGGCAGCUGGAUGUGGCUGUCCUGCAGCGCCUUCUUCCAACAGUUCUUCCACUGCUACUGCCCUGUGGGCUUUGGCCGCCGGACAGACCCCAGUGGAGACUACGUCAGGCGCUACCUACCCCAGCUGAAAGGAUUCCCCUCGCGCUACAUUUAUGAGCCCUGGAACGCCCCCGAAUCUGUGCAGAAGGCAGCCAAGUGCAUCAUCGGGGUAGAUUACCCCAAGCCCAUUGUCAACCAUGCCGAAACCAGCCGGCUCAACAUCGAGCGCAUGAAGCAGAUCUACCAGCAGCUUUCCCGCUACCGGGGUCUCUGUUUACUGGCCUCCGUCCCAUCCUGCAUGGAAGACCUCAGCAACCCCAUGGCAGAGACAAGUAUGGGCCAGGCCAGUGGCGUUAGCAGCACAGGCCCAAAGCCCUUGCCCUGCAGCCCAGCAUCCCCCAAACGCAAGCUGGAGGCCAUGGAGGAGGCUUCUGGAGAGGAGCACAGCAAACGGGCCCGUGUGAUGGCGGCAUUGCCUGUCCCAGAGCUGGCUGGCACAGUGUGAGAGAGUGAGACCCCUCCCUUGAGGGCGUCGGGACAGGGGACAGGCUGCAGAGCUGAGCAGAUGCAGAAAGAUGGGCGCAGGGUGGCCGCAAUGCCAGUAGACCGCAGACUGCGGGGAAAGCGAGUUCCCUGAGAAGAGAGUGUAUGUGUGUGCCUGUGUGUGUGCCCACAUGUGGGGAGGAGCCAAGGAGGGGCGUGACGUGAUGUGUCGUGGGCAGGAGGCCACUCAGAGGCACCCUGGGCUGCAGCUGUCCAGCCCCCCACCAGCCCAGAGGUCGGGCCCUGGGAGGGGCCUCCAGAGCAGGUGACCUUGUCCUCCCCUUUCCUUGUAUCAGGGCUCUAGGUCCAUGCUUCUGCUCCCGUCAGGGCCGUGAUGCUGACCAGGCCUUGCGCUUGCCCGGCUUUGCCCAGACCCCAGCCCUCCAGUGCCAGGCCCUGCUGUCUCAGGGUGGAGCCUGAGCAUCUCCUAGAUUAAGGGUGUCUGAAGCUCUCUUCUCCUCCGAGAGCAGGACUAAGCACCAUGAGGAGCGUGGCAUCAUGCAGGGGGCUGUUGGAAGACCCUUUGGGAACCUGCCCCAGCCCACCCUGCCUUGCCGUGCUCCCCGAGGACUCAUUGCCUCAGCUCAGGUGCAGAAAUUAAACUCUGUUAAAAAGCAGAGUCUGCUCAUGGCUUCUUAGCUUAAAGGGAUACUGGGCCUCAGAGGAUAGCAAUCUCCUUCAACCAGCCGCAGGUUGAAUUCUUAAUGGAGUUCUUCUGGUGGCCUCGAGGGGCUGCCAAUCCAGUCCCAGGGAGUCAUCCCCUGCUGCUUCGGACACCAAGGCCUGGGAACUGGUCAGCGUGCUGGGAUGGCCAGGAGAAGUCAGCCGAGGGGAGGCCCAAAUUCCAGGGGUGUCCAGUGGCCUCCUGCUUCCAUCAUUGUCCCCCCUCUCUGGCCUCGCUUCAUCUUCGUCCUGUACAGGGGUGAAGGCCUGCCUUGGGCUGAGUCAGAAGCCAGCAUGGAAUAAAACUUGGAGUCGACCUGGAAAAGUCUUCCUUCCCACUCCUGCCUCUCGUGGGGCUGCAGAAAGACUCUGUGUGUGUGUCUGUGUCUGUGUCUGUGUCUGUGUCUGUGUGUCUGUCUGUCUGUGUGUGUGUGUCUGUGUGUGUUCUGGUUCUGUGACACUGAGGUGGUCCCAGGGCCUUGCGUCUCUCUGACCUCCCUGUAAUCAGAAGCUGUGUAGCCUCCUCGGCUCCUCGGCCUUCCUGUCCUUCAUCCAUAGAUUUUGGCCACCUUCUUCCCGAAACCUCCCCCAACUCUUGUCCAAAGAGCUACCUUCACCAUUCAGCUGUUACCCUGCUCGUUUUCUCUAGAAAUGCACUUUGUCCCAGAGAGGGUCAUGAGAGUAAAGAGCAAUGGGAAAUGGGUUCAGUAGACCACGGCCCUGCCCUCUCUGCUGACUGACGGGGCUGCUGCUGCUGACAGGGCACAGACUGGCCUGAUGGUGUGUGGACCAUGGAGGAAGUGCAAGAAGAUGGGGCAGCAGCCUCAGAGUGGGGGUCCAGGUCAGAUAACUGCUGGUUCCCUCUCCUCAUCUCGUUCGAUGGUUGUACCCCCCCCCAAAGAAAGCAAAACCUCCAAUCCUCUGCCCCCCACCCCCUCCUUAAUUUAUUGGCAUUUGUAGCCCGUCCCCAGUCUGAGCUGCAGAUGGAGCAGGAUGAGCCUUCUCCAGGCCUGGAUUAGCCCUCCUUCCCUCCCUACCUUAGACUGGCCUCUGGGGCCCACUGCACCAAGAUUUUCCCCAGCUCGUUCUUCAGGGAGCCAUGGGGAUUGACGGCAAUAGGCCCAGUGCCCUUUGUACAGAGACUUCAGAAGCUGCUUUCUGUUGUUUGGAAGGUGUGUUGUUUCUCCUGUGGUCUGCCUGUAAAAUAUAUUUUUGUUUUAUAAACGUCUGACCUUG